UAAUAUAUUUUUUAUUAAAAAAUCAUAAGUUAAACUUAUAAUAACACACACAUUCCGUAAUGGCUCCACAAAAAAUUAAUAUAAAAGAGCGAUUAUCAGAUGGAGAAAUCGAUCUUAGCAUGUCAGAUUUACAGGAUGUUCCUGUUAAAGAAAUUGCUGUCUUCAAGAAGGCCGUGAGUUUAGAUUUAUCAAAUAAUCAUUUAAAAGCUCUACCUGGCAAUUUUGCGACACUUACUCAUUUGACAAAACUUGACUUGAGCAAGAACCAGUUGACAGAAUUGCCUGAAAACUUUGGAGAUUUAGUUAAACUCAAGUAUCUUGAUUUAUACCAGAACAAGCUACAGUAUUUACCACUAAGUUUUAACAAACUAAAAGCUUUAAAGUGGUUGGACUUAAAAGACAAUCCUUUGGUACCAGCUGUCGCUAAAGUAGCAGGUCCUUGUUUAGAUGCCAAACAGUGCCAGACGAGUGCUAGAGAUGUUGUAAACUUUUUUACGCAAGUACAAGAACAGAUUGCAAGUGAUAUUGAAAAUAGACAAAAACAGAGGCAGAAGCAGCUUGAAGUUAACCAACAAAAGGAAAUGGAAAACAAGAAAAGUAAAAAGAAAGAAAAGGUGAAGCAGAAGAAAGAGAAUGGUCCUGUAAAAGAGAAUGUUCAAAAGCCGCAAAAUAAGAAAAGUAAGAAAGCAGCAGCAUCUGUAGACAAACAUCCUCAAAAACCGUCCUCUAUAUUUAAAUCAUUUAUGGGUGUGACCAUCUUUAUUUUCUUACUCCUGUUUGUGCUGACAUCAGUGAAGUUUGAGCAUACACAAAUAGUAGAAGAAAAAUGUUCGGAUCUUUAUAGUGCCACUGUUAAUGCAUUACCACCUGGUGCAAAGGUAUACGUAACAACACUUGGUGGCUAUUUUAAGUAUUUGCAUGACAAGACUGGAAAUGUUACUUUAGCCUCAGUACAUUAUGUGAAAAACACAGACAAUUUUGUAAAUGCUUACCACACACUAGGUGAUUAUAUAAAAUCAGUUUUACAAAAAAUUAAAGAAGAGUACAAAAAGUAUGUUUCAUAAGAAGUGUUUUACAUUCUUGUGUUCAUAUCAUCUUUUUGAAUAAAAUGAUAAAGAAUAUAA